AUGGAGCAUAACCUCGCGUCUCGUUUGGCUCGCUCGCUCCUCGACUCGCUUGUGGUCCUCUGGCCCGCUUCGCCAAUUGGCUCUGUUCCCCCAGUGGCUGCUGCCGCUGACGAUAACGACGGCGUCGAGGAAGAUGACGACGACGACGACGACGACAAUGACAACGACAACGACACCCACAGCCGCGGAAACGACAACGCUCUCAAGCCGAGCAACAGUCUCGCCGCUGCAAUCGAGGUCCCGCUCUGCCUCGACCUCCCGGUCGACGCACACUGCCCGACCGUGGCGGCGUCGGACGCCAUUGUUCUCCCGCGCGAGCCCAACGUCAUGCAAGCGAUCGAGGCCUUCAAGCCGCGCGCUGACGACGAGCUCCUGGUUGCCCCUGGCGACGUUGUCACCGUGCUCGAGCGCUACUCGGACGGCUGGAUCAUGGCCUGCAACGAGGGCGUGUGUGGCGUGCUCCCGGCCUCGUUCCUGGCCCCGCUCCAGGUCGCCGCCAAGUGGGCCUUUGUCCCGUCGUCACCCGACGAGGUCGCCCUCGCUGUUGGUGACCUCGUUGACAUCUACGAGUUCUACGAUGACGGCUGGGCCCUUGUCCGUGCUCCCUCGGGUGCCGCGGGCAUGGCCCCGCAGUCGUUCCUCGACCACCCGGCCGCCGCCGCUGACGCCGGCCUUCACACCCCGUCGGCACUCGACACCCCGCCGGCUUCGCCGCACUAA